UGGCUGCGCGGUGGCGGCGGCUGUGUGUGCGCCGCGCCUCGCCGCUCCCCCCGGCCCCCCGAGCCCGGGGCGCGCGCUGCCGCCCGGGCCCCGCGGCGCCGCGGCCCGAGGCCCCGGGAAGCGCAGCCAUGGCCCUGCGGAGGCUGGGGGCCGCGCUGCUGCUGCUGCCGCUGCUCGCCGCGGUGGAAGAAACGCUGAUGGACUCGACCACAGCGACGGCAGAGCUGGGCUGGAUCGUGCAUCCUCCAUCAGGGUGGGAAGAGGUGAGUGGCUACGAUGAGAACAUGAACACGAUCCGCACGUACCAGGUGUGCAAUGUGUUUGAGUCGAGCCAGAACAACUGGCUACGGACCAAGUUCAUCCGGCGCCGUGGUGCCCACCGCAUCCACGUGGAGAUGAAGUUCUCCGUGCGUGACUGCAGCAGCAUCCCCAGCGUGCCCGGCUCCUGCAAGGAGACCUUCAACCUCUAUUACUACGAGGCCGACUUUGACUCGGCCACCAAGACCUUCCCCAACUGGAUGGAGAAUCCGUGGGUGAAGGUGGACACCAUUGCGGCCGACGAGAGCUUCUCCCAGGUGGACCUGGGUGGCCGGGUCAUGAAGAUCAACACCGAGGUGCGGAGCUUCGGGCCGGUGUCCCGCAACGGCUUCUACCUGGCCUUCCAGGACUACGGUGGCUGCAUGUCCCUUAUUGCCGUGCGUGUCUUCUACCGCAAGUGCCCCCGCAUCAUCCAGAAUGGCGCCGUCUUCCAGGAGACACUGUCGGGGGCUGAGAGCACAUCGCUGGUGGCUGCCCGGGGCAGCUGUAUCGCCAAUGCCGAGGAGGUGGACGUGCCCAUCAAGCUGUACUGUAACGGGGACGGCGAGUGGCUCGUACCCAUCGGGCGCUGCAUGUGCAAAGCCGGCUUCGAGGCCGUGGAGAACGGCACGGUCUGCAGAGGUUGCCCAUCUGGAACCUUCAAGGCCAACCAAGGGGACGAGGCCUGCACCCACUGCCCCAUCAACAGCCGGACCACUUCCGAAGGGGCGACCAACUGCGUCUGCCGCAACGGCUACUACAGAGCAGACCUGGACCCCCUGGACAUGCCCUGCACAACCAUCCCCUCCGCACCCCAGGCGGUGAUCUCCAGUGUCAACGAGACCUCCCUCAUGCUAGAGUGGACCCCGCCCCGCGAUUCAGGAGGCCGUGAGGAUCUCGUCUACAACAUCAUCUGCAAGAGCUGUGGUUCAGGCCGGGGCGCCUGCACCCGCUGUGGGGACAACGUGCAGUAUGCACCCCGCCAGCUGGGCCUGACCGAGCCGCGCAUUUACAUCAGUGACCUGCUGGCUCACACCCAGUACACCUUCGAGAUCCAGGCCGUGAACGGUGUCACCGACCAGAGCCCCUUCUCGCCUCAGUUCGCCUCCGUGAACAUCACCACCAACCAGGCAGCUCCGUCGGCUGUGUCCAUCAUGCACCCGGUGAGCCGCACGGUGGACAGCAUCACCCUGUCGUGGUCCCAGCCUGACCAGCCCAACGGCGUCAUCCUGGACUAUGAGCUGCAGUACUAUGAGAAGGAGCUCAGUGAGUACAACGCCACAGCCAUAAAAAGCCCCACCAACACGGUCACCGUGCAGGGCCUCAAAGCCGGCGCCAUCUAUGUCUUCCAGGUGCGGGCACGCACUGUGGCAGGCUACGGGCGCUACAGUGGCAAGAUGUACUUCCAGACCAUGACAGAAGCCGAGUACCAGACAAGCAUCCAGGAGAAGCUGCCACUCAUCAUCGGCUCCUCGGCGGCCGGCCUGGUCUUCCUCAUUGCUGUGGUCGUCAUUGCCAUUGUGUGUAACAGAAGACGGGGGUUUGAGCGUGCUGACUCGGAGUACACGGACAAGCUGCAGCACUAUACCAGUGGCCACACCUGGUCUUGUCCCCCAGUGACCCCAGGCAUGAAGAUCUACAUCGACCCUUUCACCUAUGAGGACCCCAAUGAGGCAGUGCGGGAGUUUGCCAAGGAAAUUGACAUCUCCUGUGUCAAAAUUGAGCAGGUGAUUGGAGCAGGGGAGUUUGGUGAGGUAUGCAGUGGCCACCUAAAACUGCCAGGCAAGAGAGAGAUCUUUGUGGCCAUCAAGACGCUCAAGUCAGGCUAUACUGAGAAGCAGCGCCGGGACUUCCUGAGCGAGGCCUCCAUCAUGGGCCAGUUCGACCACCCCAACGUCAUCCACCUGGAGGGUGUUGUCACCAAGAGCACGCCUGUGAUGAUCAUCACUGAGUUCAUGGAGAAUGGCUCCCUGGACUCCUUCCUCCGGCAAAAUGAUGGGCAGUUCACAGUCAUCCAGCUGGUGGGCAUGCUCCGGGGCAUCGCAGCUGGCAUGAAGUACCUGGCAGACAUGAACUACGUCCACCGCGACCUGGCCGCCCGCAACAUCCUCGUCAACAGCAACCUGGUCUGCAAGGUGUCUGACUUUGGGCUCUCACGCUUUCUGGAGGAUGAUACCUCAGACCCCACCUACACCAGCGCGCUGGGUGGGAAGAUCCCCAUCCGCUGGACGGCCCCAGAAGCCAUCCAGUACCGGAAGUUCACCUCAGCCAGUGACGUGUGGAGCUAUGGUAUCGUCAUGUGGGAGGUGAUGUCCUACGGGGAACGGCCCUACUGGGACAUGACCAACCAGGAUGUAAUCAAUGCCAUAGAGCAGGACUAUCGGCUGCCGCCACCCAUGGACUGCCCAAGCGCCCUACAUCAGCUCAUGCUAGACUGCUGGCAGAAGGACCGAAACCACCGGCCUAAGUUUGGCCAGAUCGUCAACACGCUGGACAAGAUGAUCCGAAACCCCAACAGCCUCAAAGCCAUGGCACCCCUCUCCUCCGGAAUCAACCUGCCGCUGCUGGACCGCACGAUCCCCGACUACACCAGCUUUAACACCGUGGAUGAGUGGCUGGAAGCCAUCAAGAUGGGGCAGUACAAGGAGAGCUUUGCCAAUGCCGGCUUCACCUCCUUCGACGUCGUGUCGCAGAUGAUGAUGGAGGACAUUCUCCGGGUUGGGGUCACCUUGGCUGGCCACCAGAAAAAAAUCCUGAACAGUAUCCAGGUGAUGCGGGCACAGAUGAACCAGAUCCAGUCUGUGGAGGUUUGACAUUCAUCCGCCUCGGCUCACCUCUUCCUCCAGCCCCCCCCCCCACUCCGCCCCACACGCCAGCCCCCUGGUUCUCCGUCCACGUCCACCGCAGGGUCAGCCACCUGCCAGGAGGCCACGGGCAGCAGGAAGAACCGAGCAGCGCUCCAGCCACGAGACGUCACCAAGAAUAUGUGCAACUCAGAUGAUGGAAAAAAGGGAACGGGGACAAAAGAAAAUAGAUCCAGGGAGGGGGCGGGAAAUACAAGGAAUAUUUUUUAAAGAGGAUUCUCAUAAGGAAAGUGAUCAUUGUUCUUAGGGAAAAAAAAAGAAAAGAAAAGAAAAGAAAAGAAAAAAAAAAGGGCUUGGGAGAUCCACGCGAUUUGUCCCAAUUGGAGACCAAAAGCAGUUUCUCUCCAACUCCCUCUGGGAAGGCGACCUGGCCAGAGCCAAGAAACACUUUCAGGAAAACCAAUGUGAAGGGGGAGACAGGGGCCACCCUUCUCUCCUGUCCCUGGGCUGUUCUUCCAGGCCUCACUCAACAGCCACACGGCAGGCAGACGGGGCAGGCGGGCGGACAGGCAGCCGCCGCGGGAACCACUCGGGGAAACUCCACUCCUGCCGCCACUGGGCAAACAGAAGAAUUUUUCUGUCUUUGGAGAAUAUUUUAGAAACUCCAAUGAAAAAGACUUGUUUCUCCUGUCGGCUCAUGGGGCCAAAAGGGGGCUGUUGUCUUCCUCGGUCGGGGAGACCACGGGGACACCGGCAAGGUCAACCUUCCUGAGGAUGCAUAGCCCUGCCUGCAGGCCCGAUGCUGCAGUGACGACUGCCACUGAGAAGGAUUGCUCCUGCAUUUGGGUUUGUUUACAGCAAUUCGUGGACUCGGGGGUAUUUUGGUCAGGGGUGGAUUUGGUUUGGGGGGUUUGUUUGUUGGGUUGUUUUUUUUUUUUUUAAUGACAAUGAAGUGACACUUUGACAUUUCCUACCUUUUGAGGACUUGAUCCUUCUCCAAGAAGAAGGUGCUUUCUGCUUACUGACUUAGGCAAUACACCAAGGGCGAGAUUUUAUAUGCACAUUUCUGGAUUUUUUAUAUGGUUUUCAUUGACACUCUUCCCUCCUCCCCCUGCAGAGAGUUCCCCCCUGCUGCCAGGCCUCACCAAAGCCAACUGCCACGGGGCCAUCUGGGCCGUUCAGAGACCAAGUGAGAUUUGGGAGGAUGAGGGGCCAAGGUGGAGGGGCACCCCACCCAGGACUGUUUUUGAAAGCACCAGAUUGAGAAGGAAGUGAGCCCUAGGGCUGCAGAAUCACACGACUUUGCCCACUUCUCCACCCGCCCUCUGCCCCAGUCUGUCCAGUACUUUCUAGACAAAUAGGCCCCUUCGAGGUUCCUGAGUGCCCUCGGAUGGCCAGAACCCAGUUUCGCCCCUGGGAGCCUAGACCGGGCCUCAGAUCAUUCACUGUGAUAUCCCAGCCCUCCAGAGUGUCACCCUCAGAGAUGUGUGCAGGCGCUCCUUCCCUCCACUGGGGGGAAAGUGUAUGGUUUCUCUCCCACCCCCUCCCCCCACCCCCAGCCCAGACCUUCACCCAGGUCUGAAGGUCUUGGCCGUGGGAAAACCAUCAGCCACGGGGUCUGGCUACAAACUCCCUCCUGUGAGCAAAUGCAGGCACUUGAGCAGAACAAUCGGUUAGUGAACUGAAUGGAAAUAAACACUUUAGUUAUAAAAUGACCCCUGUUCUCUGUAAGUUCCAAGAGAGACUCUGGCACCCUGGGGCAUGUCAAGUGACCCAUGAUGCUCUUUUAAGGGAUGCUUCCUUCCCCGGGGUUCUAGAAGGCCCAGGGCUGAGAAACCAAAGGUCCACGUGUCCUUUCUGGCUCUGGCUUGUCAAAAGCACAGGCAACAGAAGAAGCAAGUUGGAAGUGGCUCGGGAUUCACGUUCGAUGCCCUGCAAAUCAGGAUGAGCCGCUUCGGGAGGCAUCAGGAGCAGGAGGUUGACAGGGGUGCACUCGGUUCUCCUGGGCCAAAGGAAGGGGGUCCGGGUGUUAGGUAAGCUGUGAUAGUGGUAGUGCGAGGGUCCUGGAGUAGCCAUGGGUCCCCAGUCAAAGCCACAGGUAAGAUCCCCUUAUCCUGGUCAACACCAAUCUCUGUGCAGAUGGGCUCCUACUUACAUAUAAUCAGAAAUCUUUUUGUGGAAGGAGGAGGCAGGGAGGCGGAUGUGCUGUGGAUAUCAAGUCUGGCUGAGGAGGGAGAGGCAGAGACACCACAUCUCAGGACCUUCCCCUUUGUCCAUGGGAGACUGACCAGGAGGAAGGAUCCCAGCCGCAGGUGGCCCAUGGGGCAGCCUGGCCCAGCCUGUCGUCUGUCACUCACCUGUUCUCAGAGCCCAAGAUGUAAAGGGAAGGAAGGGAUUAAGAGGGGAGCAUGGGCCCCUGGGGGGAACAACAGAGUGAGCCACAGGGAAGGCAUUGGCUUGCUGCCCACGAACUGGCCAGCCUUGGCCCAGCCAGCUGCCCUUUGUGCCCCAAAGCUGCCCAGCACGGGUGGCAGCUGUCCUAACACACAAGGUCACCUUCUGGAGGGAGCUGCCUUGAUGCUCUUCAGAUUAACUCCGUCUCCCCAGCCCGCCCCCCACUACUCUGGGGCCCCACACAGGGCUGGCACUCAGUGCUUCCUGUCAGAUGGCUUCCUGUCCUAAGCUGCUAGGCUGGUGCCUGCUCGCCAACUCAUUUGCCCAUCCACCCUUGAGUGCCGAGUCUUCAGGGGUCCCGGGCCCCCCUGUGCCUGCUUCUCAGAGUGAGGAUGCCACCCAGACCCUCUGUGUCCCCACUUCAGGGUAACAGGUAUCACUGUGACUGCCUCGGGUGUGGGCAGAAGCCCACCUCUCCCUGCUGCUGGGGCAGCUCUGUCCCCACCACCUCUUGCUUGCUUCUCGGCAGGGAGCAGCAGGCCAUUCUGCCAAGCGCCUUCCGCUGAUAAUACCCACUCGCCUGGGCACACGGCGCCGAGCCUCCCGCUGCCUGGUUACUAAUCCCUUCCUGGCUCAACCUCCCCAAGUGCCAGCCCCCACCUGCCCCGCAGUGUCAGAGGACUUUCCGGCUGCUCUGCACACAGUUGGUACUGGAGGAAAGAAAGCCGCCUUGUAAACACGGGCCAGGGCACCAUGGAAAUGGGGACCAGCUGCUCUCAGAGGGUGUGACAAGCAGACGUGUGUAGGGCCAGGCUGGUACUCCUACUCCACUCCUACUUACUGCCCCAGAAGCCCCCAGAAUGGGUUAUUGUUGAUCAGCAGGUCUCUUCCUGGGGGAUGAUAUUCAAAAUUUCGAUCAACCGGUAAAAUGUGGACGGAUCAAUCAGAAUAGAUGAUGGCCUUCGUGCUAGAGCAAAAGGCCUCAGAGUAGGGGCUGGGAUGUGAGGGCAGUCGGGGACACUUAAGGGACUGGGGCAGUGCUGUUUACUAACCAGUGGUGCCUCCUGCUCAGAUGGCAUCAGCUGGACUUUGCCCAUCAUUUCUGGUUGGUCCCCAUGCUGCCACCUCUCAGGGAGCUCUCUGCUACCCCCUUGUGUGCAGUCACUAGCCUUGCACCCUCUCAAAUCAGGGGCUCAUCCCAGAAGACAGGGAGCUCCCAACCAUGCCCAGCCAGCCCUUCCUCUGCCUGGCUGAAGCACAGGAAGGACCCAGGAUCCAGACCACCACCCACCCCAGUGCUAGCCCUCGGGCACUCCUGGCUCUCUCCUGGGCCCCCGUGGUUCCAAGAUGGUACUAAAAGGCUGGAAGACUCUUGCCAAAUAGGGUAAAUGCAUUCAAAGGACAGGAUGCCCCAUGAUGCUAGGGGAAAUACACCCUGACCCCAGAGUGGCAGCCUUGGUCCUAUGACUAACUUGAGACAUGAAUCUGGAUAAGUCAUUUGCCUUCACUGAGCCUCAGUCUCCCAUCUGUAAAGUGAGAAGAUGGGACUGGGCGAGCCAGGCAUGCGAAACACUUUCUACGCCACCGUCCUGUGAGGAGGGACUAUUUUCUCCCAUAGGUGGGCGGGGGGAGGGGAGACUGAGGCUCAGAGAGGGGAAGUAGCUUCCUCAGGAUUACACAGCCAGGAAGGGACAGAGCAGGGCUGUGUUCAUCUGUUCCCAAUGCCCACUCCACCACACUCGGGUGACAUGAAGCACACGGUCAGUGUCUGAUGCUGGUUGGUAAGAGAUGAGAAUGCUCAAAUCACUGGGGUUGUCAGGGAGGACUUCGUGGAGGAGGCUGUCUUGAAAAUGACAGAAGUUGAGAGGAAGGUCAUUCCAGGUGGGAGGUACAGUAUAACCAGAGAUGCAGAGGCCAGAAUUGUCCAGCCAUGAGGAGUCAUGUCUGGAUGAGCCAAAGGAGUGGUGGGAGGUGGGGGUUGCUUGAAGAGGAAGGUGAAGUAGCUUGAACGUGAUGCCCAGUCCAGCCACAGCAGGUUCUUGAGCAGAAGAGCAGCAGAAGGAGCACUGGGUUCUAGGAGAAAGAGUCCGUCCAGCCAUCAGAUGGAUGGCAGGAUGCCUCAUAGCUCCCCCUCUCCUCCUGGAGGAAGAGCCCCCUGGAAAAGCCCUCAUUUCUUCCAGGAGAAUCCAAGCCCUGCUGCUUCAUUGUCCACCCUCACUCACUGAGGCAGAUAAUCCAAAGAGUCAUUUCAGCUGCUUGCAACAGCAGGGUGGGUUUUGUGCUACCUGGUUCCUAAUUCAGCUGCACUCACUUGACCCUCACCCCAUUUCCGCCAGGCCCCGCUGAGAGCUGCCGGGCCCUGAGGGAGCUGCCACUCGGGACCAGAGUUGCGUGGAUGUGGAUGGCGGUGGUGGCGUGGGAAGGCAGGCCAGCAUGCUGGCAGAGCCCUGGGGGCACAGAGCAGAGUGCAGGGGUGAGCAGGGGCUCGGGCUUGGGUGGGUGGCUCGCACACUGCCCAAGGAAGCCUGUCUCUGCCCCGGGAGGCCUGGCCCUGCCGAGAUUACCCAGACGUGUUGGGAGGGUCUGUCUGGGGUCCUGCCGUUUUCAGUAGUGUGUUGUGCUGGGGAAACCCAGAAAGAAGUUGGGGAGCCACACUGCACAUGCCUAUACCACUUGCUGGCCUUGACAGACUCCCAUGAAAUGGCUCCUGCCAUAUAAUUUAGCAUGAAGAAUGACCUUGGAGCUGGCCAGUUUCCCCUUCAGGGAAACCAAAGACCGUGACUUGUCCUUUGUUCUGGGACACAGGAAGGCUCAGGGAUGCUGCCCUGGGAGGCUCACCUCAGGAGGUUGAUGCCACGGGCAGUGUACUAACUGCUGGUACACUGUGUGGGGCUCUUACUGGUGUUAUCAUCCCCUCUCUGCUGGUGAGGAAACCGAUUCCCAGAGGUGAUUCCAGACCAUCCCAAGCAAGCCAUCUGCCUUUAGUGUUCCCUCCUUCCUGCCUCAUAGGAUCUUUCAAAACUUUUGUCAUCAGCCACCUGUAUUAGAAUCUUCUGGGCCGUUCAUCUUGCAGAUUCCCGGGCUGCACCAUGACCCCGUAAGUCAGAACCCCUGAGGCCAGCCUCUAUUUUUAAUAAACUCCUCUAGGAGACUCCUCCAGACACUGAAAUCUCUUCACUUCCCCCACAAUGACCUAUGCCCCGAUGUCUGCAGGGAGGGAGGUUCUGGCGUAGACAGGGAUUAGGAAAAAGCAAGACAUCGUCAGAUAAGAUGCCCCAACUCAGACAUGGAUUAGGACCCAUGAAGUGGGGGCUGAGCUGACCCUCAGGAAUGUGUUCAGACUGAGCUAAGCUUUCAGGAAAAUUAGAAAGACCCCCAGACCCAGAGUCUGUCUGAGUUUAGCUCCACAGCAUGAAGGCUGCCUCAGGAAAGCUGAUAUAGCAAGAAGAAACAGGAAUUUAAUACUUCACAGGGGCCCAGCAGCCCACCCAGGCCACCCUAUGGAGACCCCCACAGAUCCCAAGGCUACAAUCCAGGCCUGUUCAUUCAACACCUGGCCAGGUGGGCCAGGCAAAGUCAGGAUGGGUCUUUUAGCUGGGCCCAGAGCAUCACAUAGGCAGCCCCCAACAACCUCUGCUACCCAGACUAGAACAUGGCUUUCCCUGGAGGGAAAAGAGGGAGUAAAGGACCCUGUCUCUACUCAGGGUUUAACAGCCCCUGCUGGAGGAGGGGAACGGGAGAGGGAGGAGGUAAGAGCCAGGACCACAUGCACUCUGGGGGCCCCGCCGAGACUGUAAAAGUCCAAUCUAACAUCCCGCGGAGGAAAGAUUCCAAGAUUCUAAGAUUGCAAGCCCCGUGAUUCUAAGAUUCUAACAGAAGAAUUUCAUGUUUUUAAGAUUCCAUCACCCUAUGAUUCUAUACUGAUAGUUCUUAAAAUUUCAAGUCCCAUCGUUCAUCCUCGGUCCUUAAACCUGAGUGCCCUAGCCGUGACGAGAGCGCAAAGAGAGAGUGAGAGACAUGGGGAGAAAAACAGCUAAUAUCAAAUAUUAGCAACAGCUCCAUUCUCUGAGUCAGAGAUGGACCCUCGCAAGGGCCCAGGACCCUCCUUUUGAGUGUGACGCUGACUUGCUUUCCUGGGUAAGUGGCAGAAUUGCCCACACCUGGCCCUCCCAGUGGCCAGUGGGAUGGUGCCCCAGCUGAGCAAAGCCCUCACACAGGCCACAGUGCCUACUAGCUUGUGGGCAAGACAGUCUAACUCAGAAGCCAAGUAGGGGCCUCAGUGGCUUCAUCUGGGAGGGGACUUACUUAUUUGGGGUGGAACAUCCCCCUCCCCACCAGAGAGGAAGGUCCAAGGCAAAGAAUUGGCUUAGGAAACUGCCCAAGCACACCACCUUACUGUUCAGAGCCAGAGUCUCAACACUGGGCAACCAUAGAGUCUUACUACAAACCCCAGAACCAGGUGCCUUCCCACUGACACUUGGGCUGCAGUGUCCAUGGCUACACAGCCCCUGCCUGAUUCCAAGGACCCUUCACCCUUUCCGGUGAGGCCACUGCCUAUGGGAUCUGGAAGGCCAAGGAGGCGCCUCUGGAUUGGUCGGAACGAGUGGUCAGUCUGGCUGCCCUCCCUUCCAUGGACAGGGAUUCUGCUGAGCAGGGGGCACAAAGCUGAGUCCCUGAGGCCGGCCCAGGGCAGGCCUGGCAGGGACACUUCCUGACAACCAGCCUCUUUGGACUCCAGAGAAGAGUAAUUACUGGUUGAUCAUGCCCAGCCCCAAAUCCUAAUCAUAGCUGCUAUUUCUUGAGUGCCAACGAUGUGCCAGGAAACGCACUUAACUUCUUAUACACAUUGUCUCGCUUCACCCUCACACAGCUCUGUGAGACAGGUACAAUCAGAAUUCCCAUCCCAGAGACUAGGAACCUCAGAGACGUGUAUGGUGGCUUUCCCAGGUCACAGAGCCAGCCAGUGGUCUCUGACCCCAGGAUCUGCCCUCAUCAACACUAUGCUAUGCUGCUACCAGUGGCCCCUACUCAGCCCCACCCCCUGUCAGACCCUUUGCCAAUCAAAUCCAGGUCUCUGUGGGGGAACUCUGUUCAGGGCACAUUUUCUUUGACCAUGGCCUCCUGGAGCCACUGUCUGAGCCAUGGGCGGUGGAAGUGAGCAUUUGGACUCCUCCCUCCACAACCCAGGUGUCCAUUCCAGCCUGGGCCAUGCAGGCCAGAGCUCUCAACCAGGGACCAGGGGGUCUGGCAGGGUUUCACUGAACCCUAUUCCCUUUGGUCGUGAGCAUGGGUUUUCCUGACAAUGCUGGGGUGUGGGGAAGUGAUGCGGCUGGGGUUCCGAUGGCUGUGGGUCAGACCUAGCUCCUCCCCACUGCUAUGACCAAGGAAAUCUCACCAGCUACGUCCAUGAGCAACCCUGAUCCUGUUACUCCAAUGCCUUUGUAGGAGUAUUUUUAGCAGAACUUUUUUUUCCAAAAUAAAUGUGAAUUGUAAAAAUUA